CUGGAACGGUCGCUCUACGUUCGGCGCGCCGCCAGUGAAACAAUUUUUGUGUGCACCUGGACAGCGGCACCGUGGAGAACCGCGGAGGUGGGCAAUCGGGCCCGGGAGGCACUCUAGGCCUGCUCGGAGAGUCGCGUGUCGCCAGCAACAUUCGCGGUUUUUUUGCCACCAGAAUAGGCAGCGCCCUACCGGAUACAGGUUAACCUGGAUGGCACUGCGCUACCCUCCAUGAGCACCGAGUAACGCCCGACCACAAGCAAAGCGACCUCAAGGCCAUCCAACCAUGUCUAACAUUCCCAUCCUCAACAUGGAGUUCCGGGAGCUGAAAGAAGCGGUCUGGACAAAGCUCCAAGAACCGCGAACCCAACGCAAGCUCAUCCUCGUCAUUGUCUCCAUAGCUCUGCUGCUUGACAACAUGCUCUACAUGGUGAUCGUCCCUAUCAUCCCGGACUACUUGCGGUACAUUGGAGCUUACCAGGAUUACGCGUUGUCGGGAAACGAGUCACUCCCACCAGGUACACCCCGGAAACACGACCACCACGGCCAGGACCAGGCUACAGGCAUCCUAUUCGCAUCCAAGGCCAUCGUGCAGCUUAUGGUGAACCCCUUCUCCGGAGCACUUAUCGACCGCAUCGGCUACGACAUCCCCAUGAUGAUCGGACUCACGAUAAUGUUCCUCUCGACGGCAGUGUUCGCUUGUGGCCGGAGCUACGGCCUCCUGUUCUUCGCCAGAAGUCUGCAGGGGGUCGGUUCGGCCUUUGCAGACACUGCAGGACUCGCCAUGAUCGCAGAUCGAUUCACGGAGGAGACAGAGCGCUCCAAAGCGCUGGGGAUAGCGCUGGCGUUCAUCAGCUUCGGAUGUCUGGUGGCACCCCCGUUCGGAGGAGCACUCUACCAGUUCGCUGGGAAAGAGAUGCCCUUCCUCAUCCUAGCAUUCGUCUCUCUCAUGGACGGGUUCAUGCUACUGCUCGUUAUGAAGCCCAUCAAGGACCAAAUAAAAGAGUCGCAGAUGAUGAAGCCGCCGUCCGUGCCCAUCUGGAGACUCUUCAUGGACAAGUACAUCGCGGUGUGCGCAGGAGCUUUGAUGAUGUCCAACGUCGCGCUGGCCUUUUUGGAGCCCACCAUCUCGCUCUGGGUAGAAGACAACUUGACCACGGAGAAUUGGAAGGUUGGGAUCAUCUGGCUACCAGCUUUCUUCCCCCACGUUUUUGGGGUUAUCAUCACCGUGAAGAUGGCCAAGAAGUACCCGCAAUACCAGUGGCUCAUGGCCGCUGCAGGGCUAGCCCUGGAAGGCUUAUGCUGCUUCAUAAUACCCUUUGCAAACUCCUACGUCUUUCUCAUGAUCCCCAUCUGCGGGAUUUGUUUCGGAAUCGCGCUCAUAGAUACCGCUCUCCUCCCCACUCUCGGAUACCUGGUGGAUGUACGUUACGUUUCGGUAUACGGCAGUAUAUACGCAAUAGCAGACAUUUCUUACUCGGUAGCAUACGCGGUAGGACCUAUUAUAGCAGGCAGUGUGGUCGAAGCUAUCGGCUUCACCGCGCUAAACGUAGGUAUCGCCCUGAUGAACCUAUUUUACGCUCCGGUGCUGAUGUAUCUAAGACACAUCUAUGACUUCAAGCCUUUCGAGAACGAGGCAAACAUUCUCAUGUCUGACCCACCGAAUAAGGAGUAUCAGACGUACUCGAUGCAGGAGCAGAAACCGGUGGGGGGUGAAAUCCAGAACCACUUAGAGUACAAACAGCAAGAAACUAAUUUCGACUCUGGAUAUCAGAGCCAGGACUACCAGCAUACAGGCUACCAACAGAAUUAUCAGCAGCGCUCUUACCAGCAAGAUCAGCCUUACCAGGAGACCCCGUUCCAGCAGCCUCCGGCUCGUCCUCAGGGGCGCGUUCUUCCUCAACAGCCAGAGGCAGCCAACCCCUUCAGGCCGCAAGUGCAGUCUACUGGAGGAAAUCCUUUCAGGCAAGGCUUCUAAAAUAGGUGUGUAUAUUGUAUAUUCGGUUAGUAAGCGUUUUGAGUUUCUGUAUUUUGUGUACAUAUCACACCGAUUGUUCCUCUUAUUGUACAUAUCGGCUGAUAUAAUGUUAGAAUAGACAAAUGACAAGCUGGCUGCAGAUUGAUACGUAGAUACUCAUUUCCAUUAAGGUAAUUUACUGUUAUCUUACAUGAAGAAUCUAAUAGAAUCGACACUGAAUGAAUAUUACUUCUUCAAUAAUAGUAAUGAUGAAAUUGUAUAGUAGUAUUCAGAAUUAUGUUUUCAUCUUCAUUGUAGAAAUUUGAGUAUUUUUUAGGUUCAAUGUUGAUCAAUAAAUCUCAAGAAACUACAUUUGUUCAUGGGAGUGUGUACAAGAAUAUUUUUGUUGUAUAACAUGAAAGGGAACAAUUUUAGAUUUGGUCUCAGUUAAUAACAAAACCAUACAAAUAUGUCAAUGCGAGUUAAAAUAACAAAUAGUUCUUUGAUGUUGAUUUGGAUUUUGAUAUAUUGUUUUAUGGACAAUUUGGGCAUAAACUAUAAACUUUCGGAAAAACAUAGAAUUGGACUUUUUCAUUCAAAAUCAUAACCAAAUCUCUAGCUAUUUUCCAACACUGAUGUGAUUUAUGAAUAUUUUAACUUCAUAGACAAUCCCUAAUGGAAGUAGAAUUUUAUUGAAUCGAUCUGAAACCGCAGUCAUAUAAUACGAUACUGAAGUUAUAUUUGAUGGUAUUAUUUAUGUGAAUUAUUUGGCAGAUUCAAUGACAUCUAUUAGAUUCCUGGAUGGGUCUGUGGAAUUAUUAUGAAUGGCAUUUGUGGAGAUGAAACUUUGGAAUAAUUUUCAACAAAUCUGAUACGAUAUCAAUCGAAUGUUUUGAUCUCAAGUUGACAUUUCAAUUGUAAUUUAUAAUUUGGCAUGAACUCAAAUGAAAUUCUCAUAGCUUUUAUAAUAAAUUUUCCAAUAAUCCAUAUCUUUUCAUACAUUUAUUUCUGUACUAGUCAACAGAUCAUACUUUAAACUGAUUAUUAUUUGCGUUGUGAGUUGAAUCAAUAUCUGAAGGCGAUGGUAAGAAUGUUUUUUAGUUGAAGGUUUUCGAUAAAUAUCAACACAAAAUGAAUAUAUCAAAAACUGAAACAAAAUAUAAACAAUUAUAGAAAAUGCAAACAAAUGAUUGAUUAUUUUGACUG